GUCGUAGUCUCAUUUGAAGACUCUAUUUCAAGUAUUAGUGUCAAGUCUAUAUAUUAGACUCUGUGUCAAGUCUCAGUGUCAAGAUUUGUUUAUUCAGUCUCAGUUCUAUAUUGAGAGUACAACUUUAGGUCUACAGUCUACAGGACUGAUGUCUUUCUCUCAGUUGGUCGUCUGGUGUGCACGUUGAUUUGUACAUGAGUCUGAGGUUCAAGAUUCCAGACUGCGGGUUGCAGUGGUCAGACCUGAUGGUGUAGUGUCAACUAUGAACUUCUACUUUUUGGAAUUGUCGUCAGUGGACAGUACCUGAUCUAGAGGCUAGAUCUGCAUAUAUUACCAGUUGUUGUUUUUGAGAUUGAAGGACUAUGUGAUCCAUUGAACUACUUAUUAUAGUUAAGGUAAUAUACUAUGUGUUUCAUAAUUAUAUGAAUGUUCUUUAUCUAAGGAGACUAACUGGAUCAUUGUAGAUUACAUAUUAUUACAUAUUGAUAUUUCAUACUAUUAUUAUCAGUCAUCAUGAAUCAGUCAUUUGUAAAUAUAUCACAAGAAUAAAUUUUAUUGUUAUUUACAUCAUACACUUAGUUGAUUAGUUUAUCUACAACUGUAGGCCUAUGUGUAUGAUGUGCUUGUCAGGCUGAACUUGAGCCAAAAUAUUAUAAGUUCAGAAAAUAAUAACAAUAAUAUAAAUUGAAAUAAUAUUUAAUAUUAAUAAAUAUUUGCAUUGGAAAUAUAUAAUAAUAAUUUGAUAAAUACAAGAAUACAAGAACCUGACAAGUAUUUUGGGGGCUCGUCUAAACUGUUAAAGGAGUUAUUUGAGGGAUUAUCUCAGUUAUAAUUUGUUAUAUUAUUGACAGUUGAAUAUUUGCUAAAUAAAUUUCUGUACUUGUAAAAGUAUAUUUUCAGAUUCUAGACACUUGUUUGUGUCACAUUACUAUUCAUAACGGUACUAUGUGAUUGUACCUUAUUACUCAGGAAAGGCAUCGUAUACAUUUUUUGUGUGAGACUUUAUUGGUGCCAUUGUAUCAUAUUGUUAUUGAUAACAUUGUAUCUUAUAUAUAAUUUUUUUUUUUAAAUUGAUACUAAUAAGAUAUAGUUUUGUUACAUGACAAACUGAUUGGUGGACCUAAAUUGGAGCUGUGAUCUGUUUGUUGGGAUUCUCAAGUUGUCCUGGUGUAUCUGGCUGUACCUUGUCAUCACUACUCUAUCUUCCUGGUGCUGAGGCAGAUUCUAUCUUCGCAGGAGAAAGCACAGCUAAGUGUAUUUUUUUUGGUUGCUAAUAGUAUAUCUUGUGCUCUAAUUAAAUUUUCCGAUUUGACCUGUUAAACUUAUAUUGUUUGGAAAUUCUAAGGAUGGAGACUAGGUUUUCUAUAAAUUCACAAUUUAUAGCGGAUGGGCAGGCGUUGGGUUUUACAGGAGCUGACUUGCAGAACUAUGUGAAAGAACAGAAGGAGGAAUAUGUCAAGGCAGAACAAGCAAGAUUGGAUAGGGAGGAACGGCUCAAGAAGGAACAAAGGGCGGAGGAGGAACGCAUAAAGAAGGAGGAGCAUGAACGAUGGAAAGAAAGGGAAGUAGUGGAAGCUAAAAAGAGGCAGGAAGAAUUGGAAUUGGCUAGACUUCAGGAGAAAAUUGUGGAGAAGGAGUUGCAGAAAGAAAGUAAAUCUGAAAACAAAGAAGGAGAACCUAAGAUCCAGGAUAAACAUAGGCAUAUAAUUGAUAAGUUGGACAAGAGUUUUCAGAAUAUGAAGGAAGAUGAGGAUUUGAUUGGUUUCUUGACUCUAUUUGAGGCGGUAGCAACAAGAUGUUGUAUUGAUAAGAAAAGUUGGGCUAUGUUGUUGUCGUACAAAUUGACGUCAAAACUCAAGAAUUUUAUGCUGCAAGAUGAUCUGUUUAAGAAGGAAAAUUAUGAUGAAGUAAAGGUUAUGCUAAUGAGACAGGCUGAUAUAAAUGGAGAAACGUGUAGGAAGAAAUUUCACCAAAUCAGACCCAAAGAAAAUGAUUUCAGGGGAUAUGUGGCAGAUUUGAAAAGGGCACUAGACAAUUGGAUGAAGAUGGCGGAGGUAAAGGAGACCAUAGAAGGCAUGAAAAAUAUGAUUGUGACAGACAGAUUAUUAGAGAGUGUUUCAGGAGAAGUGUAUCGUCAACUUAUAUUAAAUAAAAGUGAUAAUGUAGAAGACAUGCUACAAGUAAUUGAAAGUUUUAAGACUGCAAGUUCAACAAAAUCAUUAUGUAAAGAGGAAAAUGUGUAUGUAAUGGGAGCUGCUGAAGCCACAAGUCAGAAUUAUGCUAGUGACAGGAAAGUCAUAACUUGUUUUAGGUGCGGAAAAGUAGGUCACAGGUCAACGGAAUGUUAUGUGGGUGGAGCCGGAGUGAAACCAAAGCAGGUGACAUAUAAUAAGGAUGGACCAAGACAUGUGUCAGGCACAAGGAAUGUGUCAUAUGGAACUUACAGGAGGCAGUUUGAUACUAGAGGAAGGAGAAUGGUUGGAGGGAAUUGGAGAGGAGCUUACAAUGAUGUGAACCAUGGUGGAGGAAAUAACAGAAGGAAUUAUUCAGGUGUUGAUUAUACUAAGGAGAAAAACACAGACAAGUCAAAGAAAGUGCAAAACACAGACAGAUGCAUCAGAUAAAGGCAUUUCAGGUAUAUUAAGUCAGAUGAGAGAUGGUGUGUUACAUCCAGUGAAGUUUGUCAGUCGCAAGUUGUUGCCACGUGAACAGAAAUACUCUAUCCUUGAGCGGGAAGGACUGGCC